AUGGUAGGGAUCGCAGCUAAUGGAUUGUUUCUUCUAUACUUUCCGUUUGGGCAUCCUGACAUCCAUCUUUUUAUAUGGAAUCCUCUCACUCGUCAGUAUAUCGAGCUCUCCCGCCCCAAACAAUCCCUGUCGUAUAAUUUUAAUUAUAAGUUGUGUUUUGGAUUCGGCGCGAGUCAAAUUAGUGGGCAAUAUAAGGUCGUGUGCAUCAAUUGCGACGGAUCUGCUCAUCAUGUGUACACCCUCGGGACGGGAGCAUGGAGGCGUGUUGAAGCUGGCGCUGCUUCUGGUUUCAGAUUCUAUUUAGACGGGCGGGUUGUGUGUAACGGAAACCUCCAUUGGACUGUGUAUGACUCCACUCGAACCUUGUCGAUAUGUGGUUUUGACGUUGAAACAGAAUGUUUUAACAUCUUCUCCGCUCCUCCUGCCGCGGUAGAUAAGCGUCUAAUUGUGGAGUUGGGUGUUUUGAGGGACUGUCUGUGUGUUUCUUACGUGUGGAAGGAUGAAAUUUACAUCUGGUUGAUGAAGGAAUACCGAGUUGAGGAAUCUUGGACCUUUGAGUACAGGUUGAGAUAUAAUGCUGCUGAUUUUGACUUUGGUGCUUGCACUGGAAUAAAGUCUGUUUAUCCUAUCAAAGUUUUCAGUGAUGGUGACGUUUUAAUGUUGAUGGCGCCGAGACACAUUGACUAUGACUACAGAAAGAAGCGACUCAUCUACUACUCCGGCAAGACAGGUACUAUUGAACAACUCGGUCUGAUUUAUGAACAUCUCGGUCCGAUUGAUGAACCACUUAGUACGAUUGGGUUAUUCAAUAGGCUUACGGAAAAACUCCGUAUCAUGGAGGAAUUGUAUGUGCGGAAUCACCUUAUCCAUGCCAUGAUUUUCACUCCUGUCCUUCUCUCACUAAAGAGUUUUGGAAUUGAGAAUGUAAUCUUGUACUAG